AUGGACUGCCUAGUCUGCUUCAACAAGUACAACAUCUACAGAGUACCAAAGCUCCUGGACUGCCAGCAUGCCUUCUGCGCAGUCUGCCUCAAGCUUAUCCUCAGGAAAGAAGAGAGUACCUGGAUAAUCACCUGCCCCCUGUGCAGAAAAGCCACUUUUGUGUCAGGAGGACUCAUCCGCACACUUCAAAAUAAAGAAGACAUCAUGGAGCAGUUGGAAAACCCCGAUUCAAACCCUGAGGUACACAUCUCUGCCAUAGGGCUGGACAGCAAUAGCUGGACUCAGACCAGCCAAGACACUUUAUACAGAGACGAAAAUGUUCCAGCAGACAACAGACUGGCGAUCCAGAGACUUGUGCUGCUCCUGCUGCUUGUGGUGAUUCUUACUAUCCUCAUCCUCCCGUUUAUACACUCUGGGCUGAUAAAAUGGGUGAUUUGUCUCAUGCUUACUUUGGGGUUGGUCAUGUCUAUGGUGCUUUGCUGCACUCCUAAAUUCUACUGGAGGUGUAACAGGGAAUCGCUCACCUCCCGCCACAAGGAGACCCACAUCGUUGCUAUUGCCUGA